AAGACGCAAUUUUCAAAAUCCUUGGAUGUAAAUUGAAAUCAAUGGAAUUUGAUUGAAGUUUUUAUUAUAAUUCGAGAAUUACUAAAUUUAGCGGAUUAAAAAUGGAUCGUUGCGAAGCUCCAAACUGUAAAAUGCGAACUUACGCACCAACCGUCGAACAAAUGAAGAUGGCUAAAAAUAAUUACAUCAUUUCAUUUCACAAAUUUCCUGAUGAUCCGUAUAGAAGGCAAUCUUGGAUCGACGCUGCGAAAAAACCAUCAUGGAAACCACCGAUGUUCAACAGCUCAUUAUGUUCUUUACAUUUUUGCAAUAAUUGUUUCGAUGAAAAUAACGAUCUUCAUGAUCACGCAGUGCCAUCAAUUUUCUUCGAUGAUUUUGGGAGUCACAUGAGAGAGGUUGUGAAGAAAUUAGACAUGGAAUGCAAGUUGGACGAUGAUGAUUUUUCGAAACCUGGUCUAAGUUCUAAUACGAGGAACUGUAAUAUAAAAUCCAAUAUACGCUCUACAAUACAAACUACUGAUCGAGUUGAUGCGAGUGUCGUACAUUGUGAAGAAGUUGUUGAAUGCGACGAAAGCCCUAAAAAACUUGGGAUAGAGAAUAUUUCCAUACCGGAACUGGACGAAACGAUGUCUUUAAGUUGGAAAAAUAAUAACAUAAAUCCACGUGUUUGUGUGCCCGUGUUAGACGUUUCAAAUAAUAUCGUCGAUAUUGAAAUCGUCAACUCUUCGAGUGGAAGUAUAUCAAAAUCAAAUCAUGAUGAUGAUGCUGUAAGCGCCAAACGAAUUAAAAUUGAAAAGGAUUCGGAUAAAUUGAAAGCAACGUUAUGUGAUACCUUAUCAAAAGAUACCAGUAUUAGUUUAUCAAAAAUGUCAACGUCUGUAACUGUGACCAGUUCACCUCCAGCGGCCACUCCAGCUAAAUUGAACGUUCCCCAAUCGACUACUUCGGUAACAAGUAAACCUACCGCCACGUCGAGUGUAUCAGCGGCAUCUAAUUCUUCUGCUCUUGUACGAGGGAAUUGUAACACGAGUGGUUUUUCAGUUAUGGAACCUACAACCAAGAAUCUCGUUAUACAGCUAUUAAAUAUCGUCAAGAUGGCUAACGCUUCCGAUGAAAAUAGAGUCAAAUCUGGUCCAACUCUGAACAGCUAUUUAGUCACGUCGAAAUGUCCUGAUACAGAUGCUUCUGAUUUGUGUGAAGUAUUACCAUCAGCGUCGGUAAUUCUCAACGUAGCUAAUUACGUGAAAGAGAUAAAAGAAGAAUCAUUCGUGAAACCAGACAACGUCAACAUUAUUUGCGGUAGUCCGGCUAUAUUUCUUUUGAAAAAUAUAACCGUUCAAGAAUGUGACCCGAAUAUGAAUUGCGUUUACGUAAUCACCAGUGAGAAUUUGCUUCCGCAUCUUUAUAAAAUGAAAUUGAAAUCGGGUGUUUCGACUAAGUCCACUUCGCUGCAGUCGACUACUGCGUCGAGUGCCGCCGAAAUGAUUAUUCAAAAACCUCUUCAAGUGGCAGAUUUAGUAUCCAGUGCUAAUCCGAAGACUGUUUUGCCGAUUCAAAAACGGCUAUGUGGUUCGAGCGAUACGACGAAUCCGAUUUCAACUCCUAAACGUGAGUCCAAUUUGAGUAAUUCGGCCAAUAAACCUGCGAGUAAUUCUGUAGCUUGUGCUGGUCCUAAACCUAGACCACUGGAUUCGAUUUCUACUUUGGACGCGUUUGUUUCUGCAGGUGUACCGCCGACGAUUAUUUCUGGUAAAGUUGUGUCUGUGUCUGGUAAAGUUGUGUUGAAACCUCAAACGAGUGGUUUAAUUUCACACAGUCCUGCUACUCAACCGCCGGUGAAGGAUACCGUUUCCAGUACACCUUUGGUUAAAAUACCGAGAAUCGAUUUGAGAAGUAGUAACUCGACAACUCUACCGACGAAUAUUUCUACCUCGGAAAUACCUUCGGUUACGCUACCGGUCAGUACUGCGAAGACUGUAGUGUCAAAUAGUUCGAUUUGUUACAAUUAUCUCACCAAAGGAACAGCAAACGUUUCGAUUUCGAAUUCUACUCCAGCUAAACCUACGACGACUGCUUCGGUAUCUCAUUCUGUGACUAUAACACCGGUGAAACCUACCAAUUCUUUACUCAAAUCACCGCUAGUUGUUUCAUCUUCUGUCACUCUGGCCAAGCCAUCGGUACAUACUUCAAUUUCUAGCCCUAGAGGAACAUUCGUCAAACCAACUACGAAUCCAUUAAAAAUUCCAAGUGUUACGAUAACCACUCCAGUUGUGAAACCCACGUUUUCGACUACUCCCAUUUUACAAGCAAUCCCAGCCACACCAAAUACAGCAUUAGCUCGAAUCGCACUACCACUUCCGAAAUCAACAGUUUCUACUCCACCUGUAGUUCAACUCGGUGUACAGUCUGAUAGUAUUAACGUGUCGAAAACUCAGCCAUCAAUCAUUAUCCGCGGUAAAGAUGGCGCACUUGCGAGAAUACCGUCGAAUACGGUACGUGCCCAAGUCCUUACGAAUGCGUCUUCUACUCUAGUACAUGCGAAUGGGUCUCCAACUUCUUCCAUUCGAUGUCAUCAACCAACAUUGAAUGGAGCCAUCGUUGCUAAAUCGUAUACUCAAUCUCCGAGUAAAACUCAACUUCCAUCAUCGUUAACUUUCCGAUCAAUUCAAUCGACUAGUUUCGAUACAAACUUGAAACCUUCCGAAGUACUCAUAACCUACGAUUCUUUUACUUCUACACUGAAGCAAUCAACAAGUUUGCCUCCUGAUACUAAGCAAACGAUACCUACAAUUCCGGUACCAAAUCAAUUGACGGUUAUACCACCUUUGAAACGUAAAUGGGAUGAAAUAGAUGACUCUGAAGAUGACGAUGACGACGACAAUGAUCCCUUUUUCGCUAAUUGCAACGACGAAGAAUACGACAAAGAAUACGUCGAGCUACAGCGAAAACGGAUCAGUAAAUGUGAGGCGAAUAUUUUACAAAAAGAACGCGAAAUUAAUGGGUUAAAGAAAAAAAUACAAUCGUUAAAGAAACGUUUGAAUUCCGUCAAAGAUCCCCGUGAUACUAAAACAGACGAGCAGCUAGCCGAAGAAAUAUUAUCGAAAUACAUCGAUUCGGACGGUAUUCAAUUUUUCAUCGGUCAGAUGAAAAUAGCUGGUAAAACAUACACUCAAUUUAGGUGGUCUGAAGACGAUAAACUUUUCGCUUUAGGGUUACUUUAUAGGAAUCCUGUCGAAUAUAAUGUUUUAUUUCAAAAAUACACGUUGCCUUCCGAUAAAACAUUAAAUAAAUUCGUCAAUAGAGUUAAAAAGUCUGAAAUGGAAGAUGACAAAGGUUCCUUUAGUCGUAUUUAAUGUUCUGAGUUUGUUUAAAAAUUACCUGUGUAAAUGUUCCUCGUUGUAUUUUAAUUUUAUGUGUAAAAAAAUUAGUUGUAAAAUUGCGUUUUUUUUGUAAAUAAAUGUUAGCAAAUUUUCAUUUUUCAA